GAUAAUUUAAACAAUAAUUAAUAUAUAUGACUAAAUUUGCAAUAAAAAAAACCCCAGCACGCCUAAUAUCCAAUAAAGUAUUUCACCAUAGCACCCAAGAAUAUAAUGGUGGAUAGCCAAAGGGAGCGUCCUUAUCUUAUCGGGAGAGGUGGACACGAGACGACCAACUAAUCAGGGUAUAGAGUAGUGCUAGCUAACAAUAUUGAUAAACAAAGUAGAGGCCAGCCGAGAGUUACACGCGCAUUUUAUUGGCCAGUGAAGAGGAGCCAAUACUACGGAUAUGUCCGAAUCGGGAAUCAAGAAGCUGAGUCAGGAGCGGACUCGCGAAUGGCUGGCCAGCCAGGAGGACGAGGAGCUGGAGUCCAUAGCCGAGUCCUCGGUGGUGGAUAGCUUAGACUAUGACUACACGGAGGAGGAGGAGGAUACCGAUCAGAAUACGAGCGAGGAGAUCAGCACCAUGACACUAGGCACUCAGAUCUCUGCGCGAAAACGCUCCAUCAUCAGCGACACCAUCAGGGACCUCAUGAACUCGAUCAACAGCAUUCAGACUUUGGGCAACGUGAACAUCAGCAACUCCACGAACGUCCACAUCGGCAAUGUGACCAAUAUCAAUGGAAAUAUACAAAUCAUAGCCGAUAGCCUUAGCCAAAACCGCAGAGAUAGGGAUCGGCGAAACGUAUCGCCCCCGAAAGAUAGCGCUCCCAGGCCGGAGACACAUUUCGAUGAGGAUUAUCAGGACGAGGCGGAGGAGAGGGUGCGCUCCGAUGUGUUUAUCAGGCGUCAAAAGUUCAAAAUACCCAAGGAGCUGUGCUCCAUUAUUCCACGACACUCCUGGCUGGCACAAAAGCCCAUGGAGGAUCCGCAGCCCUUGCAGCUCCCCGUUAAAUAUGUGGUUAUUUUACACACGGCUACCGAGAGCUCAGAGAAACGUGCGAUCAACGUAAGACUUAUCCGUGAUAUGCAGUGCUUCCACAUCGAGUCGCGUGGAUGGAAUGACAUUGCGUACAACUUUCUGAUCGGCUGUGACGGCAACAUCUACGAGGGACGCGGCUGGCAGACGGUGGGUGCCCAUACACUGGGCUACAACAAGAUAUCGCUGGGCAUCGGGUUCAUAGGAUGCUUCAUGCGAGAACUGCCCACAACGGACGCACUGAACAUGUGCCGCAACCUCUUGGCCCGCGGCGUGGAAGAUGGACACAUAUCUGCGGACUACAGACUUAUUUGCCACUGCCAGUGCAAUUCAACGGAAAGUCCAGGCCGCCAACUGUACGAAGAGAUACAGACGUGGCCUCACUUUUACAAUAUCGAGGAGGAGGAGCAAUAGAGGACAAAGAAAUCACCCUAUUUACAUAUGAGUUAAAUGCACCCGAGUUAAGUUUACAUCAUUGUUGAACAUUAAAUCACACGUUUAUAAA